AUGCAGAAGCCAUGUCUUCUCUCCUGCUUCCUCUUCUUCUUCUUCAUUCUACAACUAUCUUUCUCUUGCCCACAAGACCAAAGACAAUCCCUUCUCGAGUUCAAGAACCUGCUGACGCAGAGCAUCAAGAACCAAUCCACAGCAGAAAUCGACUUGGGAGGUUUAAAGUCAUGGAGGCCAAACUCAGACUGCUGCAAAUGGCAACUCGUGAGAUGCAACGCUCUUUCGCCUUCCAGAGAAGUCAUAGACCUGAAUCUGAACUCUCUUGCCCCCUCUGGCUCAGUGAGUUCAAGCCUUCUGAGACCGAUCCUUCGUAUAACCUCUCUUGUAUCGCUCGAUGUUUCUUCUAAUUUCAUACAAGGAGAGAUUCCUGGAGAUGGAUUUGCGAACUUGACCAGGCUUCUCUCUCUAGACUUGAGCCGUAACAGCUUCAACGGCUCUAUCCCUCCUCAAUUUUUCUCCUUGAAGACUCUUCAGCGCCUUGACUUAAGCAUGAAUGUUAUUGGUGGUACAUUGAGUAGUGACAUCAAAGAGCUCAAGAAUCUGGAGGAACUCAUCUUGGAUGAGAAUCUCAUUAGAGGAGAGAUCCCACCAGAAAUAGGUAGUCUUAGUGAAGUGCGGAAGCUGUCAUUGAAGCAGAACAUGUUCUCUGGUCCUAUACCGUUGUCAGUGUCUCAGUUAACGAAGCUAGAAUUCUUUGAUCUUCAGAACAACUCCAUGUCCUAUGAGAUUCCAGAAGGUAUUGGGAGCUUGGCCAAUCUCUCAACUCUGGCUUUGAGCAGGAACAAUUUGUCUGGUGGCAUUCCAUCAUCGUUUCAAAAGCUGACCAAUCUUGAAACACUUCAGAUUGAGAAUAACGUUGGCUUGUCAGGUGAGAUCCCCACAUGGCUGUUUGGUCUUGAAAAGCUUAAGAUACUGAGACUCGGAGGAAACAAACUCCAAUGGAACAAGAACGGCUCUGUCUUUGCAAAGUGUAAGCUGACACAUCUGUCACUUAGAUCUUGUGGCUUAGAAGGGAAUAUUCCGGAUUGGCUCAAGAACCAAACAUCUCUUCUCUUCUUGGAUUUGAGCACGAACAUGCUCCAAGGAAGUUUCCCUAAAUGGCUUGCUGAUCUGAGAAUCGGAACCAUGAUUUUCUCAGACAACAGACUCUCAGGCUCACUGCCUCCAAGUUUGUUUCAGUCUCAGGACUUAGCCGUUCUUGCGCUAUCAAGAAACAACUUCUCAGGUCAGAUCCCUGACACGGUAGGCGAAUCAUCGGUCAUGAUACUGAUGCUCUCUGAAAACAACUUCACAGGACCAGUACCAAAGUCUAUCUCAGAGAUCUACAGGCUGCUCUUGCUUGACUUGUCAAAGAACAAACUAUCUGGUGAAUUCCCAAGAUUCGACUCUGGCUCAUUACUUGCUGUUCUUGACAUAUCUUCAAACGAGUUCUCUGGUGAUGUUCCAUCUUCUUUCGGUUUAAACACCAUGAUGCUCUCCAUGAGUCAGAACAACUUCACCGGAGAGUUUCCUCAAGACUUGAUCAAUCUCCCUUUUCUGUUCCAUCUUGAUCUUCACGACAACGGAAUCUCCGGUGAGUUCCCGAGUUUCAUCUCUCGCUUAUCUCCUUUUCUAGAGGUGCUUAGCUUGAGAAACAACUCCCUCAAAGGUUCAAUCCCUGAAGACAUAUCAAAUCUCACAAGUCUCAAGAUCUUGGAUCUCUCUGAGAACAAUCUUGAUGGAUCUCUUCCUUCAUCUCUUGGGGAUCUCAAAGGAAUGAUAGAAUCUCCCGUGAGCAACUCUUCAGCUUUUACAUUCGUUUUCAGCUUCAGCAUCGAGAUACAAGAUUUAGCAGUGAACUGGAAGAAUUCAAAGCAAGGUCUUGCCAGCAGAAACCUUUACCUCUACACUCUUUUAGCUCUCUCCAAGAACAAGCUACACGGAGAGAUCCCAGCUUCUCUAGGCAAUCUCAAAAGCUUAAAGCUUUUAAACCUCUCUCACAACGACGUAUCUGGAGUGAUCCCUCAAAGUUUUGGAUAUCUUGAGAAGCUAGAGAUCUUAGACCUUUCGAACAACAACCUCUCCGGCGAAAUCCCGAAAACGUUUUCCAACCUCAGCGAGCUGAAUACUUUGGAUUUGAGCAACAACAAGCUUUCAGGUAUGAUUCCAGAGAGUCCUCAGCUUGACAGGUUAAACGAUCCAAAGAUUUACGCGAACAACAACAAACUCUGUGGAAUGCAAAUCCAAGUAUCUUGUUCUUCUUCAACGGCAAAGACAGAGCCACUACCAGAGGAAGAAGAGGAAGAGGAGUCACUGUUUUCAUGGAGAGCUGCACUCAUAGGUUGUCCUUGUGGGUUUCUUAUGGCGGUUGUGUUAAUGUAUGUGGUUGGCUACUUCAACCAUCCACCACCUCCACGACGAUCUCCCAAGAACAGAGGAGAGAUUCAGAAGAAAAUGACUACUUGA